UGAUGUGCAUCUACGGAAAAAUAAAAUGAAAUAAUUUUGUUUUUCGGACUUGAUCACGUUCACAAAAUAUUAAUGUUUGCAUAUUUUCAUAGCAUCCAUCAAUCAUACCUACCUGUGUGUGUGUGCUGUUUCUGUUACUGCUUGCUUCUGCUGCAAAUUCUCAUUGUUUGAUAUUUUGGAAUUUCUAGAAUAAAAAAUUUCAUUAAUUUCUUCGCUGUCCAUGUUCGUUGGGUUCCGUUGUUAUCAUUCAACUUUGUUGAGAUUUUCUUCAACUUUAAGUUUUAAAAAAAAAUUCUCCACCCAUUUCGAAUUAACAUAGCAUUGAGAUUUGUUUACUUGUUUUUUCGAUUCCGAUUUUCCGUUAUUGAUCAUCAUCAUUAUCACUGACGCCCCAUCAACAAUGUUGAGAAAAUUAAAAGAAACAAAGGAAGAAAUAUUGACCAUGGCUUAUUUGCGUCAUAUUCUGUGGCUUAUUUUGAUUUUGACAUUCGUAUAUUUAACAUUGGUUGCAUUCUUCAAUGAACAAGCAUUACCACCUGAUGGACAUUUAUUCCACAUGUUUUCUCUAUUUAUAUUGGCGCAUAUUUUUGGCCGAAUUGCACAUAUCGUCAAUCUGCCAACAUUGCUUGGAAUGUUGGCUGCUGGAAUAAUUUAUGGAAAUCUUGUAGAAUUUGAGCUUGACAAAAAGCUUGUUUCUACCAUCCGAUCAUUGGCAUUGUUAAUCAUCCUGUUACGUGCUGGUCUACAUUUGGUGCCAGAAUAUUUACGAUAUCUAUCAUUUUCUUCUAUUAGAGUGAUCGGUAUACCGUUUUUUGUCGAAACAUUAACCGUUGGCGCUGGUUCCAUCGUGUUUUUUAAAUUUAAUUUCAUGUGGUCAUUAUUAAUUGGUUUUGUUUUAGCUGCUGUAUCACCAGCCGUUGUUGUUCCAUGUAUGAUUCGUAUACAACAAUCAGGUUUGAGUGAAGGAAAAGGAAUACCUACAUUGAAUAUUGCUGCCGCCAGUAUUGAUGAUGUAUUAUCGGUGACUGGUUUCAAUAUAUUUUUGGGUUUUGCCAUUGAUACUGGUGAACAUUCAGAAAUGUCCACCACUAUGAAGUUAUUACAAGGACCAUUACAAAUAAUUCUGGGCAUUGCAUUUGGACUAAUCAUGGGUUUCAUACUUUGGUAUAUACCCGAACAUUAUGAUAACUGCGAUGAUGAUAGUAAAAAGCAUCAUGUUCCUCGAUUUUUAUUACUUCUUAUGGCUGGCAUGUUUGCAUUAUUUGGUAGUAACUAUGUAGAGAUGGAAGCUGCCGGACCAUUAGCGGUUCUGGUCAUGGCAUUCAUGGCUACAAUAAAAUGGAGCCAAAAUUGCUGGGAAGAAGAUAAUGAACAUAGUUUGAAAGUCAUAUGGCUUAUAUUGAAACGAUUUCUAUUCUGCUUGAUUGGCUGUGAAUUGAAAUUUAACGUACUUGAUGCUGAUGUUGUUGGUAAAGCUGUCGCAUGUCUUAUGAUUGGUAUUGUACUGAAGGUUAUUGUUUCGUAUCUGGUUACAUAUAACAUUGGGCUCAAUCAUAAGGAACGAUUAUUUGUCGCAUUUUCUUGGGUACCAAAAGCCACUGUUCAGGCUGCAAUUGGUCCCGCAGCAUUGGCAAUCGCUGUAACAGAAGAAGAUAAAAUUAAUGGUAAAAUCAUAUUGACUGCAGCUGCAUUGUCAAUUCUGAUCACAGCACCAUUGGGUGCAAUUUUUAUGGAUUUCUUGUGUACUCGAUUGUUAACAAAACCAGACAUUAACGAUAACAUCAACAACAAUAAUAACAUGCCUAUCAUCAUGAAUAACACUCAUACAAGCAUCAUUAAUAUUCGUAAUUCAAAAAAUUUGGAUUCACCCGCAUUAAGUGUUAAAAGAUUCACAGUUGAUCUUGAUUUAUGAUCCAUAAUCCAUAAAAUAUAUUGAUUAGAUAUUGAUUGAAUGAAUUUAUUCCCGAAAAAACCAUUGUAAUAAAAUUAUGAACAAACAUUUUACAAACAAA